GUGGUACUACUUAUCUCUUAAACUAGGGCCCGAACGCGAGCACGGCGCGGAAGGGUCGGUGUGGGAGGUGCGCGAGCGCGCCGAGGAGCGCGUCUGAACUCGUCGCGCGGCCGCGGACCACGAGGCACCGGAACCUCGGCAGCGUCCGGCGGUGGAAGCGGCGCUCGUAGGCGCGCCAGCUGCCGGCGGCGCUGACGCCGCGGAUAAGGGCCUUGAGCACGCGGAACGGUUCGUCGCGUAUUGAGCACCCCUGAAACGGGUGUUCGCUCUGGCGCUCCCAACGCGCUAUGUACUCCUCGGCCGACUCGGCCUUUUCCCCCGCCCAGGACACUGCGCACUGGACGUCGACACCAGAGCCGGCGCGCAGCAGCACCGUCGCUAGCUCCAACUUUGCCCGCCGGCGCUCGUCGUCGACGCACCACAUAAGUCCUGUGAUCGCGAAGCCGAGCGACAACGUGCCCUCUCGCGUCCGCUGGUUCACAUCGGCGCCCGCGCCGAGGAGGACCGCGACGAAGGCCGGCGUUGCAAUGGUGUUGCAGAACACGGCGCUGUGCAACGUGGUGUUUCCGUUGCCAUCGCGGACGUUCGGGUCUGCGCCCCGCGCGAGCGCCAGACGCGCGAGAUCGACCUUGGCCGUGGAUAUCGUAUACGAGAGACAUUCAAGCACCUCGGUUAGGUGGUGGACGUUCGUCGCGGCCGCGAGCCAAGUUUUCACUAAUUCAAUCUCCUGCGGCGUCAUCUCGGCCGCCGACGCGGCCCUCAACACGUCGAUGGGCGGAUGCCGAGACGUUGCAUCCAAAAGUGACAUGGCCUGCGGGCGCGGGACCGUGCGCGCAAAAAAACACCUCGGAGCGGCAAAAAAUCGAGCGGUUCGAGCGUCGUCGGUCGGUCCGCGCGUCGGCAGCGCCCUUUUGGCCUCGGACGGCUAUUCCUAUCUUUUUUUUUUAGUUGGUCGUCUCGUCAGCCGACGCGAUAUGUUCAUGAAUGCGUGGACGCCGCACGCGCACGGCCUGCUAGGUGCCGUCGUCGUCGUCGUCGCCACUCUUUUUCAAGGCGUCGGGGUCGAAGCGCCACGCGCUGCGGCUCUGCGGCGGCGCGCAGCAGAGGCACCCCUGGUUAUGGCCCGGCAGGCGCUGGCGGGCGCGGAGCGCGCGGCCCGGGCCGCGCACCAUUAGUCUACGGUCUCCGUGCGCUGGACGACCGUGCAGCACGGCAAUCGGUCGACCAGCUUGCGCGACGCUGC